CACGCAACACCAAUACUAAUACCAAUACCAACAUACAUUCUACUUGGUUUUGCAGGUAUCUCUUGGUCUAUGAUUACUUUGGCAUAUUAGUUUCAAUUUAAUAGCCAAAGAAUUAUGUACGAUUUAAUGGGAAAACAUAUUUGCUAUGUGGCCGAUUGCGGUGGCAUUGCUCUGGAGGCCUGUAAAGUUCUUAUGACCAAGAACAUAGCCAAACUGGCCAUACUUCACAGCGUUGAGAAUCCUCAGGCAAUUGCUCAAUUGCAGUCGAUAAAUCCAAAUACACAGAUCUUUUUCUGGACCUACGAUGUGACCAUGGCCCGCGAGGAGAUGAAAAAAUAUUUCGAUGAGGUCAUCGUUCAAAUGGAUUACAUCGAUGUCCUGAUCAAUGGGGCGACAUUGUGCGAUGAGCGAAAUAUUGAUGCAACAAUUAAUACAAAUCUAACGGGCAUGAUGAACACUUGUGCCACCGUUUUACCCUAUAUGGACAGACAGAUGGAUGGCAAAGGUGGUCUAAUUGUGAAUGUCACCUCAGUGAUUGGAUUGGAUCCAUCGCCAGUUUUCUGUGCGUAUAGCGCUUCGAAAUUUGGUGUUAUUGGAUUCACACGAAGUCUUGCGGAUCCACUGUACUACAGUCAAAAUGGUGUGGCAGUUAUGGCCGUUUGUUGUGGUCCGACCAAAACAUUUGUCGAUCGUGAAUUGAACGCCUUUCUGGCCUAUGGUCAAUCAUUUGCGGAUCGCUUGCGUCGUGCCCCAUGCCAAUCGACACGAAUUUGUGGCCAAAAUAUUGUCAAUGCCAUUGAAAGAGGUGAGAAUGGUCAGAUUUGGAUAGCUGAUAAGGGUGGACUGGAAUUGGUUAAAUUACAUUGGUAUUGGCAUAUGGCCGAUCAGUUCGUACACUAUAUGCAAAGUGCCGACGAAGAGGAAGGAGAGGAGUGACCUCACUUCCUCCACAAAUAUUUAUAAUUUCUAUCUAUUCUGUGUGCUUGUCGCAAAAAGUAGGCAACUAGUUUCGUAAUGAAACAUUUGAUUUGGGUGUGAAUGAAUAAAAUAACUAAAUACGUAUAAUUGAAAACAAAAAAUAUGACAGCGCCUAAAAGUAUGCACUAAAAAUUUCGUUUUUCAACUAUUGUCUAUUUAUGCAUGAUGGGUGAAGGAGCUAGAGGCGAUUCAGCCGGUCAGUAGAAUAGCUUUUGUUUAUUGUUGAAAAGGGUGGACAAGUCUUGAAAAAUAUAAUUUCACUUGGUUGGUAAGAAAUUUUAGUCAACUCAUAUUUUGUAAUAAUGUUGUAAUAAAACAAAGCAAAUAA